AUGCACCUCAAACCACCCAACCGGUUCCUCAACACCCUCCUAAAACACUGGCACCACGCCCUAGCCCUUAAACCCCAACACCCAACAUGGUAUCGCCCGCGCCUCAUCGAAGAACUCCAGGAAGUACGAGACGCGAAGACGUUGAUCAUGAAAACGAGUGAGAGGAGUGAUGUACUGUUCUGUUUGCUUAGAGGGAGGUUGGAUGGGGUUACGGGUGUGGACUUUUGUGGUGUGAGGGGGGAGGGGACGGGGGUUGAGGUGGUUGAUGGGGGGAAGGGAGGAGAUGAGGUGAGGUUUGGUGUGCUGGUUUGGGGGUAUAUGGUCGGUAAGUUUACGUUGAGAUGUGCGUUUUAUGCGGUUGUUGGGUUGUGGUUUGGGAGGAGGGGGGAAAAGGGUGUUAGGGAGGUUGUUAAUCCGGGGAGGGAGAGGAAGCUUGUGGAGGUUGCGGAGAGACAUGGUAUUGAUCCGAAGAAGUUUGUGAGGGUUUCGAAGAGGUUGUUGAGGGUUUGGCCUCUUUUGCCGUAG